AGCGGUAAAAUAAAACAAGAGUGAGAGUAAAAGUGUAUAGAGAGCGCAAGAGCGCAAGAAUGUCUAAAUUGUAUCCCUAUUGUGAAAGAGUUUAGUCGGUUAUGAUCGCUUCAACGGUUCAGUGGCAAUGAACGUCGUGGUGGACAAACGCGAAUCUAAUUAAAAGUCAAAAAGAAACGUUGCUUUCUUAAAUUAUUCAAAUAGAAAUUUAAAAUAAUUAAGAGAAAACGAAGAAAUACGCAAAAAAGUGACCAGUGCCGAAAUCCAAAGAAAACGAGAAACACCAUCAACCAAAACACAAACAACAAAUUGUAAAUAGAAGAAGUCAUUCAAGGCGUGCGUCUUCUUUGCUAGAAUAUUGUUUGAAGUUAUUAAAAUACUCCACAAAUAAAUCCAGUUUGAAGAAACUCAUACAUAUUGUUGAUCAAUAUCGGAAAUUAUUUAAUUUUUUCUUGAGUGUGUGGUGAUAUUGUGUAAAAUGAAUCAAUAUGAUAACAUGACUGAUUGUGGUCAGACAACAACUACAACAACAACAUGCUACAAACGUAAUAAAAAUGAUGAAGAUCAAAAGAAUGAAGGCCCUAAACAUGUUUCUUCACUAGAUUCUCACCAAUUUCCGGAUAAUGAAGAGCCAAAUGUUUUGGGACAUGGUUCACCUGCUGAAGAUAUGCAAAAAUCAUCAAGUGCAACAACGCCACUGCACAAAUGCUGUUCAUUAUUAAAAUCCGUAGGUCCUGCAAACGACGAUGACAAGUACAAGAAAAAUAAAUUUUUAUUGAAUUUUGAUGAUGCGCCCGAUCACCUUAAAUUUAAUCCUUAUAUAAGACAUGGUUAUCGUACAUUCCUCUCAACAAAGCUGUGCCUACAGAGUAUGUUCUGGUGGACGAAUGAAACGAUUAACAUAUGGAGCCAUUUAUGCGGAUGUAUUCUUUUCAUUGGCUUGACUAUAUUUGACUUUCAAUUUCUGAAGAUUCAUGCCGAAAUCGAGGAUCAGAUUUUAGUUGUAUGCCUGCUGAUAUGUUUCUGUCUGUGUAUGUUGUUAUCCUCGAUCUAUCACAUAUUUUCCUGCAAAUCCGAAGAGCAUUAUGAAUUGUUUUUAUCGGUGGACUAUUUGGGCAUAUCGUUAUCGCUGGUGGCGAUUUAUAUCAGUAGCAUGUAUUAUGCCUUUUGGUGCUUUAAAUCUCUUAGGCUAAUUUACUCUGUGAUUGCUUUAAGCAUGUUUGGCUUAGCCAUUGUUGUACAAAUUCCAAAACUCAACGUUUCCUUAAAUGCAAAAAUUGCUGUGUUAUUGGCGUGGGCAGCGUAUGGUGUCAUACCAUUGGGCCAUUGGACCGUAGCCAUGGGAGGUUUGGAAAAUGAACUUGUUAGGCUGAUGGUACCUCGUGUCAUUAUCAUGUAUACCCUGUGUGCUAUAGCCUUUGUGAUAUAUGCUGCCAAAAUACCCGAGCGCUGGUUGACCGGAAAAGUGGACUACUUUGGUCACUCUCACAAUUGGUGGCAUCUAUUCAUUUUGGCUGCCUUCUACCAUUGGCACAACACUGGUUUGGUUUAUGCCGAAUUUCGGUUGAACAACAGUUGCAAUGGACCCAUACUGACGUGAACAUUGACACAAAAACAAACACCCACACAUACCAAUAUUGUAUCGGACAAUAAGUAUCAUUGUUAGCCACUUAUCAUCCCCCAUGUACAAUUUAGUCGUAUCGAUUGUGUUGAUAGUUAUACCAAAAAGAAAAACAAAACAAACAAGACAAGAAACCCACAUUCAAAUUUAACGGUAGCGAUUCAGUCUCCAUGUGAUUGCCAGUUGGUGGAGACUUUGGUUAUUGUGAUUGCUUGCUAGCGUUAUUGUGAAUGAGAUAGAGAGCGAAACAUCGCAGCUGUUUACAGUUUGACAAGCAAGCACUCUCGUUAAUACAAUUCUUAAUUUAUUUAACAGCAUUCAUUUAGUGAUCAGUGGUGAUGUGAUUUCUAAAUUCUACAAAUUUCUUAUUUAAUUCAUCCUAGAGUCAACCAUCAUCCAACUCCAAUCAAAUAUUCAAAGAUAUCUAUGUAAUAUUUUAACUAGUUUGGUUUUUAAAAUUAUAGCUACAUUUCUAUUAUUUAUGGGUGGAAAUUGUGAAUGUGUAGUAUAGAGAAAUUACCGUUACCGUGCUGUGGAAGAGUUUAUAGAUUGUGUAGAGGCCAUCCAUUCACCACCCCGCCCACCCCACCACACUGCUUGCAAUCGAAUAUCGAAUGAGUGAGAAAAAGAGUUGGUUUACUUGUAAACGGAAUUGAUUUCCGAUUUGUUCAAAGCUAAAUGCAAUUCAAGGAUUUGGCCGGUUUAUAUUUAAUUUAAUCUAAGUUUAAGUGUUGUAAAUUUGAAGAUAAUUGUAAUCUUAAUAGAAAAUACAAAUAAAUUGGAAUAUACGAAUAAAAUUAA